AUUUUCUCGAGAAAUUUCUCUCUCAACGGCUUUAAUUUGAAAUUCUCUUUCAUUGUCCUUUUACGCGCUCUUGUUAUUAAUUGUAGUCGCCCGCUCUGGGAACCCAAUCUCUCCUCUUCCUCCUCCUCUCCCUGAGUUAGGGUUUCUCCUACCCUGCUGUUUUGAUUCCAAAUCAUUUCAUUUUUAAGGUUGGGAGUCAAAACUUGACCUCUGUACAUACAAAGAAGACAACGAGAAGACUUGCUGGAAAAAAUAAAUUUGAUGCAUUUUGAUUUUAUACAACUGGAGAUUGCAAUUUUCACAGACUGGCUGUACAAGCAUGGCAUCUGGGAAUCCGUUUUAUGAUGAUCUACGUAACAAACCUGAGAUUAUUGAUCCUCCUCAAAGUGAGGAUAUGAUGGAUAUCAGCGAGUCUUCUGUGAAUGAUGCUACUCAAACUGCUCUUAAACCUAAUGUGACCGUGUCUAGUAGUGUUCGUGAGCUCUUAGAAUGUCCUGUAUGCUUAAAUGCCAUGUACCCUCCAAUUCAUCAGUGUUCAAAUGGGCACACGUUGUGUUCUGGUUGUAAGCCCAGGGUUCACAAUCGAUGCCCCACUUGCAGGCAUGAACUUGGCAACAUCAGGUGUCUUGCUCUAGAGAAGGUGGCUGCAUCUCUUGAGCUUCCAUGUAAAUAUCAGAAUUAUGGGUGCAUAGGCAUAUAUCCAUAUUACAGCAAGCUGAAACAUGAAUCCCAGUGUGUCUUUAGACCUUAUAACUGUCCUUAUGCGGGAUCAGAAUGUACAGUCAUGGGUGAUAUUCCUUAUUUGGUUUCUCAUUUGAAAGAUGAUCACAAAGUUGACAUGCACAAUGGCAGUACUUUUAACCAUCGCUAUGUCAAAGCAAAUCCACAUGAGGUUGAGAAUGCCACAUGGAUGUUAACGGUUUUCAGUUGCUUUGGUCAGUUCUUCUGUCUGCAUUUUGAAGCCUUCCAGCUUGGUAUGGCUCCUGUCUACAUAGCAUUCUUGCGGUUUAUGGGCGAUGAUAAUGAGGCCAAAAACUACAGCUACAGUCUUGAAGUUGGUGGUAAUGGGAGGAAGAUGAUAUGGCAAGGAGUGCCUAGGAGCAUAAGGGACAGCCACAGAAAGGUGCGUGACAGUUUCGAUGGCCUCAUUAUCCAGAGAAACAUGGCUCUAUUCUUCUCUGGUGGUGACCGGAAAGAAUUGAAGCUUAGAGUGACUGGUAGAAUUUGGAAAGAACAGUGAUGGGAAUUGCUUCUUGCAACUUCUAAUCACAUAUUUUGCCAAUCAUAGAUGGUAGAUUUUAUUGUUUCUCAGGAGAAUAGUUGAGUUGAGUCUUCUAGUCAUGUAUUUUUUGAAUUGUAGGAAGCAAACUCUCUUUGCUUGUCGUCAGUGCGUCUACAAUUGUAUUAUUUAUCUACAACCGAGUCUCUUAAAUCUCUCAUAUCAAUCAGUAUCUAAAGUUUUAAAUCAAA